ACAUUGUUGUAGCCUCUGGUCCUGGAGAGUUUAACGUCAUAACUACAUUGUUGUAGCCUCUCGUCCUGGAGAGUUUAACGUCAUAACUACAUUGUUGUAGCCUGUGGUCCCGGAGAGUUUAACGUCAUAACUACAUUGUUGUAGCCUGUGGUCCCGGAGAGUUUAACAUCAUAACUACAUUGUUGUAGCCUGUGGUCCCGGAGAGUUUAACGUCAUAACUACAUUGUUGUAGCCUGUGGUCCUGGAGAGUUUAACGUCAUAACUACAUUGUUGUAGCCUGUGGUCCUGGAGAGUUUAACGUCAUAACUACAUUGUUGUAGCCUGUGGUCCCGGAGAGUUUAACAUCAUAACUACAUUGUUGUAGCCUCUCGUCCUGGAGAGUUUAACGUCAUAACUACAUUGUUGUAGCCUGAGAUUAACAAAGCCUGAUAACAACCAUGAUGAACUCUGUGGAGAGUGAGCAGAUGUCUUUGCUUCUGUCCACAUACCUGGAGAGGAGAUAUACCGGGACAGAGGAGAUCGUUAACAUCAAAAGGAGGGCAGUAGUCUUAGAUGAACAGCUGAUGAAUUCUGAUUUUAAAUGUUGCAUUCACACUGGAAGUUUUGGAGAAGGAUGUUUACUAAAGGGUUCCGACAUGGAUGCAAUGGUUGUAGACAAGACCAUAGCAGUAAUGUACCCUGAUCAGUGUAUUCCUCAACACCUGGCACAUAAAACCAUUUUAUAUAUGAGACAGGCAGACUGCCGCCCUGGCUACGUUCAUUUAGAGAUAGGUCAGCUAAAAGGCUUGUUGUAUAAAGCCUUUACUAAUUCACUAGUUAGAAUGGGGAAAUCCGUGUUUAUUUCCAGUGAUAUCUUUAGAGAGGAAUGUGUCAGUAACUAUGCUACCAGGUCAGGUCUGAAAUGUGAAUCCAAUGGACCUAGUAGUACCUUUACAGGAAUGGACGAUACCGGUGUGGACAUGGUUCAUUGUUUUCCAUGUAACAGUUGGCCAAAGGAAGCUAACGAAUGGAUUACACGUACUCGUCUAUAUGGAUGGCCACAUCAAACAUUGAUAGACAAGAUUGUAAACAGUGGAUGCCAUCUUGUUCCAGUUGGAGAUAAAUGUUCGAAUGAUACAUUUUUACAAUGGAGAAUUUCACUUGCAGCAGCAGAAAGAUCUUUGGUUCAUUCCCUAAGCCACAUCCAAGUCAAAGUAUACACACUGCUGAAAUAUUUCUUAAAACAAAUAAAGGAGACAUUGAAAGAAACCAUUGGGGAUGAUGACAUCUUGUGCUCUUACUUCAUGAAAACAAUCCUAUUUCAUGCAAUAGAGAAUUCUAACCAACUGUUCUGGCAAGACAAACACCUUUUUUAUUGUUUCUGGUUUUGUUUCAACAUUCUGAUUGCUUGGGUCAGGACAGGAUUCUGUCCCAAUUACUUCAUCUUGGCCAACAAUUUAUUCCAGAGGAAAGUACAUGGACACAAUAAACAAAUACUACUGGACCUUUUGGACAACUACUCUCGGAUGAAAUGGAUGUGCCUCUCAGUAGGAAACUUUGUCAAACCUUCAAUAUGGGAAGUUCUGUGUGACAUAUCAACACAAGCUCAGCUUGCAUGCCCAAAGACUGCACAAGAAAAUAUUAUGGAUGAGGAUAGGACAACUCUUUGUGUUCUAUUACGUGAUUGCCAUCCCUCACUCAGGAUGACCAGGACGGCAAUAUACUUAUUAUCUACAUCAAAGUCAGAUUUUGACGAAGUUCACACAUAUUUCUUUGUAACAGACAACCUCAGAUGUUUUGCAUCACAACUUAUCUCUAAAGAUAUAUCUGAAAAUAGGUCUGCUACAGACAACAAGACAAGGUACCGGAGAUUGAGGAAAUGUAAGCACUGGAUGACCCCUCGUGCUUUAAUGGGCACAGAUGUGCUGUAUUUGGCAACUCUUCAUUUUCUGACCGGAAAUUUCAAUAAAUGCCUAGAGAUGAGUAGACAAGUAAUGAAACUAGCAUCAUACUUCAGACACGAUAAUGAAAUGCAUCCAGAACUACACACAUUGUACAGACACCAGGACCAUCUACCAAAUAGCUGUACACUACAGAGACUCCGGACAAUAUACACAAAGCCCAUUCAUUUUGAACAUGAGGACAUGUAUCUUCCUCAUCUCUGUUUGGAGCUGUCCAAGGAAUACAGAUCUAUAAGCAUUCCACCCCUACCAUACGUCCUGUUCCUGAACUUCCUGUGUCACCAUGACCUUGGAGACACCAGAGGACGUGAUGAAGCAUUGCGCUACCUGAUACAGGUCCAGUAUGAUAAGGAUCAGGGGGGACAGAUUUUCUGGAUAGUUCACACUCUCCUGGGGAUAUGUCAUCAAAUACUCGGAGACUAUCACAGGGCCAUCAGGGCCUACUGGGAGUCAGCACAAUCAAAGGAUAUAUUACAUGAGUGGAAUACUGCCAGAGAAAGGAUAGCCAUAGUAUAUCUGUGUAUGUAUAUCUCACAGAGGUCUGACAGAGGAUAGCCGUGGUGUAUCUAUGUAUGUCUCACA